ACCAUAGCUAAAAUUACCUAAAAUUAGCAUAAAUCAAUAUUGCGUUAGUUUAAACUCUAAACAAAUGCAAAACGUUCGACGAACUCGUUGAAUUUACUGACACGCUUCAAUUAGCGAUACACUCGCCGAAAUUGUAGCACGCUUGUUAACUGGUUCUUCACAUCGAUUGCCAAAUGUAAAUGUUAACGAGACAAAUACACAAACUCCGCAGAGUGUGUGUGUGUGUUAAGGUCAAUUAGAUAACGUUUCAAGACCAGCCCAGCAACGAAGUCAAACAUUAACGGCAAAUACAAUGGCAAACAUGAUGUAACCAAGGCCCAACGUCGCGGCGCCAGAAGCCACGCAGCAAUCAAUGAAUGAAUGAAAGUACACGUUGAGGCAGAUAACAAGCCACAAAUCGAUGUCGAGUCGCAAUGUGGACACUCUCAAUUAGCAACUACACGCACGAGCCCGGCCAGAAGCCAGCUGCUGACGAAGAAGAAAUGGCCAGUGCGUACUCGUAUAAAAACGCAUGAAUCUCUGCCAUUUGUUAUCAAGCACAAAGCAUCAGCAGUGUCAUCCACAUCAACUCCAAAAUCUAUCUCAAGCUCAAUAAUCAUCACUAUCAAUAUGAAGUGCCUGCUGCUCCUCGUUGUCAUCGUCUGCGCCCUUAGCUGUAGCUGGGCAGCGCCUGUUGAAGUGGAAGUUGUGCCGCUCACGCUGCUCGAUGUGGAUGCCGAUCUCGAGCAGCUGCCAUUGGAAUCAGAAGCGGAGAACGAACGUGUGGCACGCGGCCUGGGACUUGGCGGCUUUGGUGGCCUCGGCGGCCUGGGCGGCAAAUUUGGCGGCUUCGGUGGUCUGGGUGGAUUCGGUGGACUUGGUCAUGGCUUUGGCGGUGGACUCGGACAUGGAUUCGGUGGUCACGGCUUUGGUGGACUCGGUGGACUAGGCGGCUUCAAGGGACUUUUCAACAAGCAUUUCCGUUAAGCUAGAUUAAGACCAAUUUUUUGUAUUUUUAAUUUUGCUAGUGCCAAUAAUAAACUAAUUUAGU